AUGGGGCGGGGAGGGUCAGAGCAUGCGGCUGCGCUCUCGAUCUCCUUGGAGGUGCGGGGGCUUGUAAAAGAAUGGGGCCCAGAAUGGACUCGGUCCUCUCUGCUGCAAUCUGGCCCUGCUCCCCAGCCUGCCCCUCACUCCCAAGGGAAGGGGUCAAGGGACGCCCCGCCCAGAUGCUCUGAAUUUGGGUGGUGGGGAGGCUCGUCUGGCUGGUUGAUGCAAGAAAGGGGCGGGCGUGGGGGAAAGGACGGAGCAGCCGUCAUCAUGUCAACUCCGCCUGGCAGGCCAGCCGGCACAGACCCCGAGCUCCGGCCUCCAGCCACGGUGCACGUUCACCCUGCUUCGAAAACCAGCGCGUCUAUCCAUUCCCUCCGCAGUUGUCUCUAUCAUCCAGCUACCACCCCACCCCUUCUCUAUUCAUUUUUUACCCGUCUGCUCCUUCGCAGCUCGGGUCCCCGCCCGGCCCGCACAGACUGGAGGGGAGGGGGGCUGGGACAACCGGCCGCCCGCUGCGCAGCCGCGCCCCUUCACGCAUGGGCGUGGCGUGACUCAGACCCAGCCCCCAGCGCUUGA